AUGGAGCCUACACUGGGAAGGUUCGAGAUGGAAAAAUUUACCGGGAAAGAAGAUUUCGGAAUGUGGAAGUAUAAACUCUUGGGACAACUUGAAAUACAGGGUCUCGCCUCGGUUCUAGAUGAAGAUUUCUCGAUUGAAUCUACAUCAGAAAAACAAGAGGAAGGGUCAGAUCCAAGGAAAGAUCCUAAGAAAGCGGCAAUGGACUUGAGAGUGAGGAACUUACUUGGUACAUGCCUAAGUGACGUGAUCCUCAGGAAGGUGAUGGAUAAGCCUACGUCUCUUGAAAUGUGGCGUGCUCUGGAAGAUGAGUAUCAAGCUCAGCUCCUGCCAAACAGAAUCUAUCUUAAGCAACAGUUUGCGAGUUUUAAGAUGGAAGAGGAUAAGUCCAUAGAAGCUAACCUUGAUGUAUUCUUGAAGCUGAUUUCUGAUUUGGCAAGCUUGAAGAUCACUAUUAGUGAUGAAGAUCAGGCAAUCCAACUUCUGACAAGUUUGCCUCCAGCCUAUGAGCCACUGGUGCAUACUCUUAAGUAUGGAAAUGGCAAGGAAACUCUCACGGUGAGAGAAGUGAAGGCAUCUGCAUAUGCGAAAGAAGCUGAGUUAAGGCAUAAGGGAUUGUUGAAAAAGACUAAAUCAAACUCAGAAGGUCUCUAUGUGGAAUCAAGAGGCAGAUCGAACAAAAGGUCAGAUAAAGGAGAUGGUAAUCAGAAGGGAAAGUCUAAGUCUAGAUCAAAAUAUAAAAACAAGAAUGGCAAAGGAAACAAGGGUACCUGCUUCAUUUGUGGCAAAGAGGGACAUUGGAAGAGGGAAUGUCCAAAUCGUGGUAAAAGGCAGUCUGAGGAGUCAUCCGCGAAUACUGUGGCUGAGGUUAAAGAGCCCUUAGUUCUGACUGCGAGUCAGCAUAAUCGCAAGGAUGAAUGGAUCUUGGAUUCAGGGUGUACCUUUCACAUAUGCCCAAACAAGGAGUUAAUGUUUGAUAUAAAAGAGUUUGAUGGUGGAAAAGUUAGUAUGGCAAAUAACACUUACAGUAAGGUGAAGGGAAUUGGGAAGAUCAAGAUCACAAACCCAGAUGGAUCAGUGGUGAUUUUGACUGAAGUGAGAUACAUGCCUGACAUGGGAAGAAACUUGAUAUCAUUCGGAAUGUUAGAAAAAUCAGGCUGUAAUUACAGAGGUGAAGAUUAUACUGUUACCUUUUACAAGGAUGGACAGAAGGUGAUCUCUGGAAACUACAUUGACGGUCUCUACUACCUGCAAGGCAAAGUUUCAAAUGGAGAAGUCAAUGUAGCUGAAAUGAAAGAUGCUAUGACUAAGCUCUGGCAUUCGAGAUUGGGACAUAUGAGCGCUAAAAACAUGGAAGUCCUAGCUAAAGAAGGUUUUUUACCUCUAGGAGAAGUUGGAAAACUGGACUUCUGUGAAAGCUGUGUACUCGGAAAAUCUCAUAAGCAGAGCUUCCCCAAGGCCAAGCAUACUACCACGAGGAUCUUGGAGUACGUUCACUCAGACCUCUGGGGUUCACCAUCAACACCUGCAAGUCUCGCAGGAAACAAGUAUUUCAUUAGUUUCAUCGAUGACUACUCUAAGAAGGUUUGGACUUACUUCUUACGAACUAAAGAUGAAGCUUUUAUGAUGUUCAAAGAAUGGAAAGAGACGGUUGAGAAUCAUACCGAGAAGAAAAUCAAGUGCCUGAGGACUGAUAAUGGCCUUGAGUUCUGCAACCACCUAUUUGAUGAGUUGUGUCAGAGUUCUGGGAUCAAGAGGCAUCGAACCUGCACAUAUACGCCACAGCAAAAUGGUGUAUCAGAAAGGAUGAAUAGGACAAUUAUGGACAAAGUACGAAGUAUGUUAGCAGAAACUGGCCUGGGUCAGGAGUUUUGGGCUGAAGCUACUUCUACAGCAGUAUAUCUGAUAAAUCGAACACCAAACUCCACUAUUGGGUUCCAACUACCUGAAGAGAGAUGGACAGGUCAGAAGCCAGAUUUAUCAAAUUUGAAGAGGUUUGGAUGCACUGCGUAUGUUCAUGUAGUUCAAGAAAAGACAAGUCCUAGAACUAUCAAGGGUGUGUUUGUUGGUUAUCCGUUUGGAGUUAAAGGGUAUAGGGUAUGGAUUCCUGAAGAAGGCAAAUGCACAACUAGCAGGAAUGUUGUGUUCAGGGAGGAAGAGGUCUAUAAAGACACCCUAAUUGAUACUCCUAAUGCACCUACAAGCUCUAAUGGUGAAACAAAGAAGAAGUCUGGGAGGAAAACAGUUACCUUUGAUACGGAGAUGAUACAUGGACCAUCUACGUCUGGUUCAAAGGUAACUGAGACUCCAUUUUUUUCACCAGUUCAGUCGACUCAGACAAUUUCUUCAGAUGAAAGUUCGUCUCAGGGUGGAGAUUCAUCAUCUCAAGGUGGAGACAACUACGCUCCGAGUUCAGAGCCUUCGAGUUCAAGCAGCUCCAGUGACUCUGAUGACUCAGACGAUGAGGGCCUGUCAUUUGGAGAAGAAGAUUAG